AUGUCUACCAAGCACAAAGUCAUCGAAGUCGUUGGUGCCACGGAUAUCAAGGGCCUUCUAUUCCGUGCUGGGGCCGAUGAAGAAGCACUCGAGAGGGAAGCACCGCCAUUCGAGCAGCCGGCACUGUCGCAGAAAGCCUCGUUUAUUUAUGUUCCCCCCAAUGCUACCAACCCCCUCUUCUUGCCGACUCUCAACGCUGCCACCGGGCGCUAUGAGUUUAUCCUCCGUCUAUCGAAGGACCUGGAUAUGCCGAUUAUUGUCGAGUCGACCGAUCCUCUUGUACGUGCGUUGGUGGAGCGUGAAUGCCCCGGUAUUAAGCUCUUGGCCUACGACAGCCUGUUGGCCGUGGAGGACAUUAUGAGCGCAUGGGGUGCGGCAGCUGGUAAGCCGGCCAAACUGGUGGAAGUUACUACAGAGUUCAUGCAUGGACCAUUGGGGAUUCCAUGGGAGGUGCUGGAUGCACUCCCGUAUAUCAUCGAAUUCGGAUAUAUGGGUGGGCUAGACAAUGUCGUCUAUCCGUCGGAUUGA